GAUAAAUACACUCCACUCAUCUCCAGUGCAGAUUCUGGAUUGAUACUCAUUACUCAUGUCAUGUGUUUGAUUCCUGAUCAGAAGAGCAGAAUGUUGAACUGAAACCCUCUGAGCCGUUCAGUGAGGUUGAGAUUCUCAUGACUCUAAUGGAGAACGCUUGAGAAACUGUAUUUCACACAGUUCAUCUACUGGGAUCAAGAGGAAACAGAUGAGAUUCUGUUGUUCUGAAUUAAUUUCCUCAGCUAUGUCUCAGAUCAUCUCUCCAGAUCUUCAGAAGUAAAGCUUUAUCCUUCAUCAUCAGGUCAGAGCGCCGCAGCAGAGCGUCCAUCACGUGAGAGAGAUGCUGCUCCACACUGGAGAUCUUAUGAGAAACUCAGCGUUCAGGAGAGAAACUGAAGGACGUUCUCCUGCAGAACAAGCUCACCUGCGCAGACACCAUACUUCUACAUCUGAAUAUAUCACAUUUAAUAUUUAAGUUGCAUGUUUAUAAAUAUAUUUAUUGUGACAUUGUAUUAAUUUCUAUAAAACUCAUGAAAAUCCUUCCAAUUCAAAUACUGUAAAAUGUAUUUUACAUUUAAAAAGGAAAGGUUUACUAACUAAACAGGCUCCAGCACUGCACUGUAAUUAUUUUCAAGGACAAAUGUGUCAACGUUGGAUGAAAAGCAUUAGGAUGAACACAGCAAACUAUAUGUGCUAUUGUGCACAUACAGAGGAAACAUUGAGCAAAACUGAGAAAUAAUCUGUUAAACUUUUUUUGUAUUUAACAUUUUCAUUUCAUUGACAAUAUUAUUAAACAUGGACCCCUUACUUUCAUUAAUAAGGCUUAUUUCUGCUGUGGUAUGCUCGUUUUAUAAAUUUAAGCUAUUAAUUUAAAUUAUAGACAAGCGCAAACUGGGUGCAAUCUAUGCAAAUGUGUCUUUAUGUAUGGAGAAAAAAGAAUGGGAGUAAUAACUCUGUCGCUUCAGUUUAUAGCGAUCGUGUAUAUAUUUGCAUACAUAUUUGGUGCUUUUUGGAAGAUCCCGCCUCGCGGCGAUGAUGUCAUCACCAGCGCGCGCUCACUAGUCAGCGUCGAGUCUUCUGAGGAGAGACAUUCGUGUCCAGUGAAGCUCCUCCCACAACGAUCACAUUCAGUAAUUCAGCAAUAAAUGCUAAAGUUAAGACAAGCGUCAAAUCAUCAGGAAGAGCUGAACUCUGUAAAGACUGAGUUUAUUAAAGAGGACAGAGAGAAGAUGAGAGAUCCAGAACCCUGCAGAAUCAAACACACUGAAGAUACUCAAGAACUAACAGAGUCAAUUGAAGAAAAUGAGCAGAAUGAAAAAUCAAGUGAAGUUGAGGAGAAAAAUCCUGUCAAAACUGGAGAAAAACUCUUGAGCUGCUCUCAAACCAAAGACCCAAAGAAAGAUCUAAAGAAAAAAAGAGACAAGGAAUCUUUCACCUGCACUCAGUGUGGAAAGAGUUUGACAAGCAAAUACAAUCUUGAAGUUCACAUGAGAAUUCACACCGGAGAGAAACCACACACUUGUGAUCAGUGCGGGAAGAGCUUCACAGAAUCAUCAAACCUUAAGCUACACAUGAACAUCCACACUGGAGGGAAACCACACACGUGUGAUCAGUGCGGCAAAACAUUUUUGAGAGCUUCAUACCUGAAGAAUCACCUGAGAGUUCAUACAAAGGAGAAGCCACAUUCAUGUCAUUCGUGUGGAAAGAGCUUUUCAUUAUUACAACAUUUAAAAGUACAUCAGAAAACACAUACCGGUGUGAGAGAGUACAUGUGCUUUGAGUGUGAAAAGACUUUUACUUCAGCAUACAGUUUAAAACAGCACCAGAGGAUUCACACUGGAGAGAAACCUUACAAGUGUUCACACUGUGACAAGAGAUUCAGUUAUUCAUCAAAUCUCAAAUCACAUGAGAGGAUUCACUCUGGAGAAAAAACGUACACUUGUGAUCAGUGCGGGAAGAGUUUCACACUUAAAGGAUGCCUUACGAAACAUAUUAGAGUUCAUACUAGAGAGCAACCGUUCACUUGUGAUCAUUGUUGGAAGAGUUUCACACAAUCAUCACACCUUAAGGCACACAUGAACAUCCACAUUAGAGAGAAACUGUACUCAUGUGAUCAAUGCGGCAAAACAUUUUUGAGAGCUUCAUACCUGAAGAAUCACCUGAGAGUUCAUACAAAGGAGAAGCCAUAUUCAUGCCAUUCGUGUGGAAAGAGCUUUUCACGUCUACAACAUUUGAAAGAACAUCAGAAAAUACAUACUGGUGUGAGAGAGUACAUGUGCUUUGAGUGUGAAAAGACUUUUACUACAGCAAAGUGUUUAAAACUGCACGAGAGGAUCCACACUGGAGAGAAACCUUACAAGUGUUCACACUGUGACAAGAGAUUCAGUUAUUCAUCAAAUCUCAAGUCACAUGAGAGGAUCCACACUGGAGAGAAACCGUAUCACUGCACUGCAUGUGGGAAGAGUUUCAGUCAAUCAACUUCUUUACACAGACAUACAAAAAACUAUCACAAUAUGUAGAUCAUCAUCAGAUCAGCACUUUCAGAUCUGAUGCGGCGUCCUCAACAAAUGUGACACAAUAAUGUAUCGAGCAAUAAAAUAUCAUCUGGAUAAAUCUGUCCUAACCAGACAUUACAAGUGACAUGAUGAAGAAACAUUAUCUAAAGUUUUCACAGUGCCUCGCCAAAGAACAAUGUCACAGUUUUAUUUUUUUAUAUCAUUUUGCUUCAUGAUAUAAAUAUCAUUGUGUUUUCUUGUGAGUUUUAUAAGUUAUGAGUAUACUGUUCAAUUGUCUUAUAAUGCAUGUAUCUCUUGUACUGUGAGAUUCAGAUCAACUCAAAGGCUCUAUUCAGACGGUAAAUGUUUCUCCUGAUACCCUGAGAUUAAAAUAACAUGAUAAUAGAUGAUGGACUCGUGAAGCAGUGGAAGUUCAUUCAUAAUUUCUGUGAUGUGAAGCUCAAGUAUGAUCUGAUGUUGAUGUUAUGAUGAUUUGUUUAUAUAUUGCAUUAUAUUUGUCCUGAACUUAUAGACAUGAUCACAGAUCCAGCAGAAACUGAAUCAGUAGGACUGCUGGAUCAUUAUUCAGAGCUGUCACACGUCUUUACCUGCAGUUCAUUAAUGCUGAGACAGACAAUCUGACAGGACACCUGAAAAGACAUGAGAGGAUCCACACUGGAGAAAAACACGUGUGAUCAGUGCGGGAAGAGUUUUACAAUAAAAGGAAACCUUAAUAGGCACAUGAGAGUUCAUACUGGAGAGAAAUCAUUUACUUGUGAUCAAUGUGGGAAGAGUUUCACACAAUCAUCAAACCUUAUGGUACACAUGGACACAAAGGUUUAUUGUUAUAUCAUUUUGCUUCAUGAUAUCAUUGUGCAUUCUUAUGAGUUUCAUAUUAUGUUCAAUUGUCUCUAUAACCCAUAUGUAUCGUAGUUUGUUUACACUUUCAUGAAGAAAAGUAGAUUUUUACAAACUGUUCUUGUUCAGGAAGCUGAAGAAGAGGCUGUAACUCUUUUAAGAGACACCUAGCUUUAUUGUUAACUUGUUCUUCAUUGUUGUUUAAAAAAUUAUUUCUCCACUUAUGAUGAAUUUUAGAAAUGCAGAUGCAAGAUAUACUGUUAUGUGGAUUUGUAGUUGAUUCUUCUGUAAGUAUGGAUGGCAUCUGAACCCGGUAUUAAACUAGCUCUGAGGCUAAAAUAUGAAAAACUGUAGUGUUGAUUAGCUCUGAUCUGGUGACCGGUUCUGCUUUCAGUACUGGAGAAAAAUAUGAGAAACCACUUACAGUUUUUUUUAUUAUUGCUACAGAAAAGUUAUCAAGCUGAUUGUACCUUUCCAACUGUUUGUAUAUGCGAUAAUAUCAAGGUGUUUGUCUAUAAUGUGUUUUUAUUAUUUGCAAUCCAAAAGUGAGAUAUGUCUUGAACUUUAGGGCUGUGUGAUUAAUCUAAUGUUAUUCUCAAUUUCGAGUUUGGCUUUAAGGUAAAGCGAUAUAUUGGAGAAAAUCUGAUGUGUGAUUAUGCUGGAUCUACGCAUUAGUUCUUAAAGUGACAGCAGCCUAAUAAACCUGUAGCAAUCCGUAUCAUUAAUAAUUAAAAAACAACAAAAGAAAAAGAGUAAGUCCAAUCUUUGCUCUUGACUGAAUACCUUAAGUAGAUUUUAGAGUAGAUCUGCUGAAGUCCAGAAUGAUCUCUUUUGUUUUGGAUGUAUUGUUAUCAGAGCAGCACAGCUCUAGUUUCUGGACUUCAUGUCUGUAGCUGAGUCAUGCUCUCCUGAGAUAAGUUCAGUCACUGUAACGUCUGCAGAUCUGAUGAUGAAUUAGUGUGAGUACAGUCACAUGAGUACAGGAGUAGAGUAGAGGACUCAAUACACGAGCCAGUGCUGAGCGUGGUGCUGGAGGAGAGCAGUUUGUGACUCUUAGUGAGGAAGACUUUAUCCAGGAGUAGAUGAAGGAGAGAGGCUGAGUUCAUGAAUGGUAUUGAACACUCAGCUGUAAUCUCUGAAGAGCGUUCUUACACAGGUCUCCUGGAGCUGGAGGAGGUUGAGGACAGUGUGAAGGACUGUGCUGAUGCUGUCCUCUGUAGAUCUGUUUGCUCUGUAUGUAAACUGCUGCAGCUCAGGCUGGAUUUGAUUUACUGUGAGACCAAUCUCUCAGAGAACUUCAUGAUUACUGCUGUUAGUGAAACCGAUCUGAAAUCAUUCACAGUUAUUGGUGGCUGCUUCUAUAAGAACAGGGAUGAUGUUCACAGAUUUUAAGCAGGAUGUGAUGAUGAUGGCUGAUUUCAGUGAGAGGAUGAAGAUCUUUGUGAAGACCCUGGUGAACUGCUUGUACAAGGACCUCCAUGUACACAAGAAAGACUUGUCAUUCAGCCAGACAUUUGGAAGAGUGAAUACUGUACACAUAAUGAAAACAUAUUCAUUUGAUUUACGCUUUGAUUUUUAUACACUGUUAUUUUUUAAUUAUAGAUGUUUUUAAUACAAAAUGUUUCCUUUGUACAGAACUUUACACAGUGUUUUCAUAUUCAAAUGAGAUAAACAACAUAAUAAUGCAGCAGAAAUCAUUUUUAUACCUAUAUAUUUUUUCUUGUGAAUCCCAACACUCUUUACUGAAAACUGCCCAAAU